AAAUAACGGCAAAGAGAAGGAGGUGGAGAAGGAGGGUGUUGGGCUGAGGACAUUCGCUCUGGGUGAGGAUCUAAGAUUGAGUCAGUUGAAGUAUAAAGACGAAGUUGUGUCCUCGGCUUUCUUGAUCUUGGGGACUCAGCACUCAUAGCCAUAGUCUCUUUUCCAGUUGAUUCAGCAGCAUCAUAGCCUUGUCUUUCGACUCUUUUGUCAUCCAUUCGCUGCUGCUCUUGUCAGCAAUACCAACAACACAACCCAACAUCACAACAUGCCUUACCCAUACAAGAACGAAAUCACUGGUGAUGAGCUAGUCGCCGAAUACGCCCCCCUCAUCAAGGGCAAGACCAUUCUUACCACGGGUGUCUCACCAAACAGUCUCGGCGCACGCUACGUCGAGACCCUCGCUGCCGGACAGCCCAAGCUUCUUAUUCUCGCCGGCCGCGACCUGGCCAAGGUAAACCAGACAGCCGAGGCCAUCAACAAGGCCCACCCGGAUGUCCAGACCAGAGUGCUUCAGCUGGACCUCAGCUCGUUUGCUGCCGUGCGAAAGGCCGCUGCCGAGGUCAACUCCUGGGACGAUGUCCCCGUCAUCGACGUGUUGAUGAACAACGCCGGCAUCAUGGCCGUGCCGUACAAGAUCUGCGAGGAUGGGUACGAGAGCCAGUUGACUUGCAACCACCUCAGCCACUUUCUCUUCACAAACUUGAUCCUUGACAAGAUUCUUGCGUCGGAGGACAAGCGCGUGGUCAACGUCAGCAGCGGUGGACACUGGUUUAGCGGCAUCCGUCAUGCGGACCUCAACUACGAUGGUGGAAAGACGUACGAGAAGUGGAACGCAUACGGCCAGUCCAAGUCGGCCAACGUGCUCUUUUCCAUUGGCCUGGCAAAGAGAUUCGGCGACCGUGGCGUUCUGUCAUAUAGCUUGAAUCCCGGUGCCGUCAUGACCAACCUUGCAGGACACUUGGAUUUCGCCCCUGGAGGCGAUUUGGAAACUCUAGCGCGAGUCUCUCAAUUGACUGGAUCACCAUUUGGUUGGGGCGACAGGGAAAUGUUGUCACAUGAGCGGGGAAUUGCUACUCACGUGUUUGCUUCGUUUGAUCCUGCCCUCAAAGAACACAAUGGUGCAUAUCUGCUGGAAAAAGCUCGCGUGGCCGACUAUUAUGUCGACGCAGUUCAUCCCCAUGCCAUCAGCGAUAUCGAGGCCGACAGGCUGUGGGCAUUGAGCGUCAAGGCGGUUGGACUGUAA